AUGGACGUCAUCUGGACGUGCCGUCCUAACAGUUGGCAAAGCUCCUCAAACCCGUUGCGUCCGCCGCUGAUGUGGUGGAGGAGCCGGAUCAUUCGCGAGUAUUUUCUUCCCAUCGUCGAGGAGGUCGUUGCGCAGGCGGCUGAUAAAGUCAAUUCCAGUGAAGGUCCUGAUGUCAAAACCGCCCUCUUCCUGGCCACAAAGGGAUAUGUUGCCGCAGAGCGUGAGGAACUCGCAAACACCAGGUUCAGCUUCCGUCUCGACAAAGAUUUCAUCUCCAAAAUCAUCCCUCAUUUCACGAUAUUCAUCCUCGUCGGCCACGGCACCACAGCCGCAACGCUCGGCUUCAUCUACUACCUACUGAGAAUCAACCCCUCAAAACUGUCUGCGCUAUGGGCCGAGUAUGAUGCAGUUCUUGGGCCAGACCCCAACCGCGCCGCAUCCCUCAUUGCCGCAAAUCCCACGGUAUUCAACUCCUUGCCGGGGCAGCCGGGCUUCGACCUCAUCGACCCGGCCGAUUUCACAAAGCGCUACCCGACCGACGGCUUCGAGGUCCAUGGAGAUAUGUGGUCAGCACGCCACUUUGAGCAUAUAUUCCCGCGUGCAGCAGAGCUCCUACCUAAGAGGUUUUUGCCCCCCGAGAGCGACCCGCUGCACGUGCGGAAGAAAGCGUUCCGGCCUUUCUCGACGGGUCUAAGGUCAUGCAUCCGACAGGAACUUGGCACGAUGAAGAUUAGGAUGAUCCUGGCGAUACUGUAA